AUGCCACUUCUUGGGAGCAUUUUUAGUCUCAAAAAGUUUUCCCCCAGAAAGUCUGCAUCUCUGUCUAACAUCCCUAUGCUGGAGCGCUCAGUCAAGAAAACUGAACUGGGGCUUGAGUACGGGGCUCCCUUCAUAAACAUUGGGGGCCACGUGCUUAAGUUUGAAGAUGGCCAGUGGGUGGCAGACUCGGAAGGCAAAGGCAUGCAGGUCGAAAUGCAGCGUUUAAAACAGAGAAGCCAAAAGCUGGAGGAAGAAAACAACUUCUUAAAGUUAAAAGUAGAUAUUCUGCUGGACAUGCUUUCAGAAAUGACUGCUGAUUCACAGCUCAUGCAGAAGGAAUUGCAAGAGAUCAGAACUCGAGAGCGUAGACGAAAAUGA